AUGGUGACCGUCAUCGGCUUCGUGCCGCCCCGUACUGACAACUCGCUUGACCCUUCCGAGCCCCGUCACUUCACAGUCGAAACAUCUGUCUACGACGCAUCCAAGGCAGCCCCAGCUCACUUCUCCGUAGUCUGCUUCUUGGAAGACACUAAGCGUUGGAAGAAAGUCAAAACGCCAGCACCGGGAGCUCUCCUCACCGUCACCGCGAAGAUUGCUGGCCGUACCAGGGACACCAACCUCCUGGCCCUCCGAGUCCUCGACCUGGCUUACUUGCCAAGACCUGCCUCUGCGCCAACACCCACCCCGACCGAUACUCCACCUUCGAAGCGAUCAGACCGCUGGCGUGGCCGGGUGCCAUCCACUCCUUCGAAGAGACCACGCAUAUCGGACCGUGCCAUCGAAGCCGCAAACCCCUCUGAUAGAAAUACAACUCUGCCAGACGCCUCAUCAGGCGCACUGGUUUUCCCGCACUCAAAGCUUACUACAGAACCCAUAUCCGUCCCGACUUCUCCGUCCACCACUGCUGGUCCUGAAGAGUCCUCCUCAACCCCGGGCCUGCCCCUGGCAUCCGACGGCGGAGCUCGGCCACGUCGCAAUCGUCAUCCCCCAAGGAAUGUGUUGACGUAG